CCAUGCGUGUGAUGCGACGACGCGUGGCGCCCGCGGCGGCGGACGUGAGCGCGCCGAUUCAUUUGAACCGACGGGCGCUUGCGAUGAGUGUUGUCUUCUGCGUCAACCUUCUCUUGAUGCCGUUCAAGGCGUACCUGUCCGAGGACUCGCCGUUCCAUCAGACAAGUGCGACGCCACCCGCGGCGUUGCAGCCGACGUUGACGUCCCCCAACUUUGAGACGUUUGCACCGCCCUUCUUGGCGCUGCUCCAAGACCGAUACGCCCACAUGGACGCUACGACGGCGCGCGCCGACUAUUUCUACGAUGACGCCUACCGCGUCGACGUCUACCGACACGUCGUCGAUUUGAACCACUCUCCGAAAGCGCUCGUGCUUGCGUUUCCCACGUCGCUCUUUUACACGUCGUAUGAUGCGACAAUGAUCCAGGCGCACGCCAACGGUACGCUCGAAGACGUCGAAUUUGCUUCGUACGUCACCUUCCUCGACCUGGUGGGGUUUACGCUGGCCGCUUGGGUGCGCCGCGGCAAUACCAUGUCUGGAAGCUCGGGCAAAGCGAACGAGUACACGAUCUACUUGACGAUGCGCAUCAUUGACGUGCCGUACUUUCUCAUUUGCGCUAAAUUCGGCAUGCGCUGUCUCCUUUGCCUCGCCACGGCCCGGUACUUUUAUCAAAACUACUACCGCGCGGUGCGGCGGUUGCUACAUGCGUACCGCCGGACGCCACGACCGGCAGGCGUGAGUCAUCUCGAGUUGCUUAUUGGCGAACCCACGGACUUUGUCUUGACGAACGGCUGGAUCACGCUCGGCUACACUAUGGACUGCGUGCAGAGUUUGCAAUAUGUCGGGCGUGCGAUGAGCCGGGCGAGCAACAUGAACAUUGAGCUCACGGCAGGUCUUAUCGCUCUCGUGUACCUCUCCCGGCUCGUCUGGUUUAGCUACUUGGCGCUAAUAGGGCUCUCCCGAGUGCUCCACAGGCGACAGCUGGCGCACCUCUACGUGCCAGUCGACUCGCUUACCAUCGCAGCACUCACAGCAAUCAAUGUCGCGGUCUUCCUUGCGCUGACCGCUACCUCGUACAAUUUUCUCUCAGUGUUUGCCACGCUCAUGCAGUCGGUGGUCGAUGCUCAAAAUGCUCAGUACCAAGUGGACUCGACACUUGGAUUGAUCUUCUUCGCCAGCUUUACGAGCCUGCCACCGCUUGGGCUUGGGUUUGUGCUCGCGUACUGGAGCCGCUGGCGACUGCCGCAGCGUGCGCCGCUGCUCUCGUUGCGUGCACGAGUGCUCCUGUGGCUCUGCGGCAUUCGCGGCAUGUCGCACGCAGCCAAAACGAGUAUUGUCCCUUACCUUGCGACCUUCCUUGCUUCCCACCCGAGCACGCGAGCCAAUUGUACGCUCAGCCAUGAGGACGAAGACUGUUAUCUCGUUGCCUACAGCAAGGAGCACACUGUUCUCUGGGUGCGUCGGUUGGUCUGGACAAAAACGCUGGCUCUACAGCGCGCCACGUCAUGGGUCACGGCCGCCACUCGCGAUGCCACGUCACCGGUCGCGCAUUUGUCGGCCGACGUGCAACACGACGCGUGCGUCACAAUGGGAACUGACGACGCUUACGAGUGGAUUUACUAAUACGUACUAAACACUAACGUUUUAG